AUGAACCAACGAGCUGUUCUUAUUUUCUGUCUUAUCUUUCUGACUCUGAGUGGAACUCAAGGAAUACCUCUCUCUAGAACACCACGCUGUACCUGUAUCAAGAUUAGUGAACUAUCUGUAAAUCUAAGGUCCUUAGAAAAACUUGAAGUGAUUCCUGCAAGUCACUUUUGUCCACGUGUUGAAAUCAUUGCUACAAUGAAAAAGAAUGGGGAGAAAACAUGCCUGAAUCCAGAGUCUAAGACCAUCAAGAAUUUAGUGAAAGCAAUUAGCAAGGAAAGGUCUAAACGAUCUCCUUGAACACAGAAGCAUAAUCACUGUACUGACAAAGAUGGACCAGAAAGAGACUACCUCUGCCAUCAUUUCCCUACAUACUUGUCAAGCCCUAAUUGUCCCUGGAUUGCAGUUCUCCUAAAAGGUGACCAACCACUGUCACCAAAUAAGCUGCUACUACUCCUUGAGGGAGGUGGAUGGUUCAUUACCCUGAGCUAUUUAGUACGAACUCUGCUCUGGCAC